AUCUUUUUAGCGGCAAGGCUUAAUUUCGUAUUGUACACGAACGCUCUUGUGGAUAGAAUGUUAACAAAAUGCGAGGCUUACCUCUGACGUAUGGGAGUGGUAGAUACUUGACCGUAGGUUUACUUUCACCGAUAACAAUUAAGCGGCUUACAACAGUCAUCUUUUCACUUAUAAACUGUCUGGUGUACAAUGAAGGUGCGUCGUGUUUUUGGGGUGUUUGUAUCAAUCCUCCUAUGCUCAUGUAUGAUAAAUGAGGCGUCGUCACAAGAACCUACUUUUGAGUUACCAGUCGAGCUUAUUGGAUUUCCAGCCGUCGUGUUAUUCGUGCGUUUAUCAAAUUUCGCAAAAAAGUUAGCAUACACUCUGAAUCCAAAAACAUACGUAUCAAGAACUCGGCGAUCGAUCGAAAGCGACGACAUGAUUGAUAUCGAAGAAGCGGAGAAACGUUUAAUUUUCGAACUCGGCGAGAAAGUGUGUAUUUACCCUAAGGUUUGUUUAUACCACGCUCUGAAAGCCAGCCAAACCCAAGUAAAGGAUAAUGUCAGUGUAGAUUGGAGCGAUAUAUUCAGCCAAUAUAAAACGUCGAAAGAAAAGCACAAGGAGUAUUAUCUUUUGAGUAUAUUUCUGGGAGAUAUUGUCGCGUCGCCACGAUUUUGUAAUCAAUUAGUUAAAAGGGGGCGUGCGUGUAAGGAAUAGCUUUAUUGUGUUUGCUUUUUCUGAACGUAUAUAAUAAGCGUUAUUACCAACGUACGCAUCAAAUAUACGCUUAAAUGUAAAUGUUAUAUUUGUACAGUCAUUAAUGUGCAAUAAACGCGGUAUUGCACAGAGUUGGAUGUAAUAUAAAGCGUAAUCAUUUUAUCAUUUUGUUAGGAAUUGCGGAAAUAGCAGUGUUUGUCGUUAUCCUUUUUUUUUAUGAUCAAAUAAUUCCAUUGUGAUUAUUGUAUUUAUUAUAUUGAAAUAAUUGGAAAA